AUGGCGACCGAUCAAGAGCGACGCCAGCAGAUCAGUGUGCGUGGAAUUGCGCAGGUGGAGAAUGUGGCGAACAUCAAGAAGGCGUUCAACCGUCAUCUCCACUUCUCCUUGAUCAAGGUAAAUCGCGUUUUUGUCUCAUUAGGUGCGACAAAUCCACAUGAUUUUGCCGACAGGCUAUUAGUACUUAUUUUCAUAGAAUUUCACUUCAAAAACUCGCCUUUUUUAGGACCGAAACGUCGCCACUCCUCGCGACUACUUUUUUGCGUUAGCCGACACCGUCCGAGAUCAUCUGGUGAGCCGCUGGAUCCGCACGCAACAAUACUAUUACGAGAAGGACCCGAAGCGCGUGUUCUACCUGUCGUUGGAGUACUACAUGGGUCGCACCCUCUCCAACACCAUGCUCAACUUGGGCAUGCAAGCGACGGUGGACGAGGCGCUCUACCAGCUGGGACUUGACAUGGAAGAGCUGCAGGAGUUGGAAGAGGACGCGGGCCUCGGGAAUGGAGGUCUAGGCCGCUUGGCCGCUUGUUUCAUGGACUCAAUGGCCACGUUGGGCAUUCCGGCCUGCGGCUAUGGCCUUCGCUAUGAGUACGGGAUCUUCAAGCAGCUGAUACGCGAUGGAUGGCAAGUCGAGGAGCCGGACGAUUGGCUUCGCUUCGGGAAUCCGUGGGAAAAGGCGCGUCCCGAACAUAUGUUGCCUGUCAACUUUUAUGGCAAGGUUGAGAAGGAUUCCAGUGGAAAGGUAAGAGAAGAGUAGUACAAGAUUAAAUUGGGAGGUGCUCAAGAUUUUCUUCAAAUUUUGUCCACAGUUCCUAUAUAGAACACAUUUUUCUUCAUGAAAAUUUUAGCGAACACUUUGCUGAAGCAGCCGAGAUAUUCAACGAUUUUUGAAAGCGAGAGAGUAUUUUUUCGAAUCAAGAAUUUUCAGAAAGAUCGAAAUAAAAAUUAAACCUAAAUUUAACCAUAGUAAAACUCAAUCAUCAAUUUUUACCCUACCAAUAAUCCCCACCCACUUUUAGAGCCACUGGGUGAACGCCGAGGUGGUGUUUGCGAUGCCCUACGACACGCCGGUGCCCGGCUUCCGCAACAACGUCGUGAACACGCUGCGCUUGUGGUCGGCCAAGGCCGAGAACCACUUCAACCUGAAGUUCUUCAACGACGGCGAGUACAUGAACGCGGUGAUGGACAAAAACUUGAGCGAGAACAUUACUCGGGUCCUCUAUCCGAAUGAUAAUGUAGGUCUGGGGAAGCCGGAAAAAGUUUACGGUAUUAUCAGUUUGUCGGGAAAAUAAUGAUUACAGUCGCUGCGACAAUCGAGUCGCUGAAGCGAAAAGAAAUUUGACUUUGUUGCUAAAGUUAUACAAAUUCUAUAGUCACGCCUCAGGCACUUUAUGAACGAUUUUUAGAUCUUUGUUGGUAAAGAGCUCCGUCUUAAGCAAGAGUAUUUCCUGUGUUGUGCCACGCUUCAAGACAUUUUUCGGCAUUUCAAAUUGACCGCUAAAGAUCCGGCUAACGUGGACUUCAAGCAAUUCCCCGAAAAGGUCGCUAUCCAGAUCAACGAUACGCAUCCGGCCAUAGGGAUUCCGGAACUCAUCCGGCUGCUGGUGGAUGUGGAAGGUAUAGGUUUUAAUAUUAGCAGGGGAAGUACUCCAAGUGCGGCUCUCAGAUUUUGAUGAAACUUGAUACAAAUUUAGAAUAAUUUUUUCUAAGCGAGAAUCCUAGCUCGCGCUUUGCAGAAAAAACCGAGAUUUUUAGAUCGAAAGUCGGCAAAAAUUUAUGACUUUUGCCGAAUUUCGGCACGAAAAGUUUCAUGGCUAUCUCUACCGUAAAGGAUAAUGUUUAUACUAGUCGCGGAAAAAAGUCCUGGGAUUUUUCUGCGACUCUGCACUGUGCAUGAACCCGAAAAGUGCUUUUGCAUCGUGCAAUUUUGUUGAUUUUGCCUUAUUGUCGCGCGCGAUUCCCGCGACAAAUCAACUUUUCGGGGCGCGACGGAAUUUGGGGGGCGCGAGAAAAUCCCAGGACUUUUUUCCGCGACUAGUACAAAAAAUCAAAAACUUCCGCACGAAACUGCCAAAGUUAUGGCCAAAAAGCGCUUUUCUCUCUGACCGUUCUCCACGUUUAGCGUGCUCUCUCGGCGGCAAAAAUCGUUCGAUAUCUCGGCGGCGCCCGCAAAGCGCGAGCUAAAACUCUUAGGAAUUGAUAUUUAGUCCAUACCCGACGUGUAUGCAAAGUUUAAAGAAAAUCUGAGCGUCGCACUUGGAGUACUUCCCCUGUAAGAUAACCAUCGUAUCUCAGGCCUUUCCUUCGACGACGCCUGGGAGAUUUGCGUCCGCACCUUCGGCUACACCAACCACACCCUGCUGCCCGAGGCCAUGGAGCGGUGGUCGGUGACGUUGCUGGAGAACCUGCUGCCGCGCCAUCUGCAGAUCAUCUACGCGAUCAACCAGCGCUUCAUGGAGGUGCUGUCCAAGAAGUACCCCGGCGACUUCGACCGCCAGCGGCGAAUGUCGAUCGUGGAGGAGGGGGAUCAGUUCGGCGAGAAGCGCAUCAACAUGGCGCAUCUGGCGAUUGUGGGCUCGCAUGUGACGAACGGCGUGGCGGCGCUGCACUCGGACCUGUUGAAGAAAACGACGUAAUCUUUGAAAUGCAAUACUAUAUACAUUAUACUCGUAGCCUCCGUGCAUCUUCGAGUGUCGCGGUAAUCAUGCUUGUUUAGAUUCAAGGACUUCUUCGAAUUGUUCCCGGAGCGAUUCCAGAACAAGACCAAUGGGAUCACCCCGCGUCGCUGGCUGCUCCUCUGCAACCCCGCCCUCUCCGACUUGAUUGUCGAGAAGAUUGGCGAGGAAUGGGAGACCGAUCUGUCGCAACUCCAGAAGCUCAAGAAGUUCGUGGAUGACAAGAGCUUCCUCGAUCAGAUCGGACUCAUCAAACGGGUAAGCCAUGAUUUUUUUUGGCCUUGCAAGGGAAGUGCCACAGGUGCAACGCACAGAUUUCCUUUACUUUUUACAAAAAUAGUCAAACACUUCUAUGGGGUACGGAGUUACAGGUCGAGACAUGUAUCCAAAUAUCGCAAAAUUUUUUUGAUUCAGAAUAUGUAAAAAUUAGCUGCCCAAUUUUGGUUUGUAAGGGUGAAAAAAAUCCUCGGAACUUUUCUCGGAACACCACGCAAAUGCCUCUUUUUUACAUUGGACUGCUAACUAAUAUUGUAUUAAUAAAAUUUUUAAGGCUUGUCAAGGUUUACUUUAGUUCAAUACAAAGCAUUUGAUUUGUUAAAAACUUGGCCAAAAAGGCAUUUGCGUAGUGUUGCGAGAAAAUUCCUGAGGAUUUUUUCACCUUUACAAACCAAAAUUGGGCAGGUAAUUUUUACAUUUUCGGAGUCAGAAAAAUUUUACGAUUUUGUUGAUAUAUGUCUCGACCUUGUAACACCUUGCCCCGUAGAAGUGCUUACCUUGUCAAAUAGCGAAAUUUAAAUGCCUUUCCCUGUAACUCCAUACCGCAUAGAAGUACUUUCCUUGUAAAAAUUGCUGCUUGGUCUUGAUACACCAUGGAUUCAAAGUUGAAAGGAAAUCCAAGCCGUAAACUUUGAGAACCUCCCUAACUCACAUGAAACUUUAGGACAACAAGCUUCGCGUUGCCCAGUAUCUGAAAGAGAACUUCCAAAUCGAAAUCAACGCCGCCUCCAUCUUUGACAUUCACGUCAAACGUCUCCACGAGUACAAACGCCAGCUCUUGAAUGCGCUGCACAUGAUCACCCUGUACAAUCGGAUCAAAGCGAAUCCGGAGAAGAAGGUGGUGCCUCGGACCAUUAUGGUUGGGGGCAAGGCCGCUCCUGGCUAUCACACUGCCAAGCUGAUUAUCCGGCUGAUCACCGGGAUCUCGGAGGUGGUCAACAACGACCCGAUUGUGGGCGAUCAGCUGAAAGUGGUCUACCUGGAGAACUAUCGCGUCUCCAUGGCGGAGAAGAUCAUUCCCGCAUGCGACCUGUCCGAGCAGAUCAGCACCGCCGGAACCGAGGCGUCGGGCACCGGGAACAUGAAAUUCAUGCUGAACGGCGCCCUCACCAUCGGCACCAUGGACGGCGCCAACGUGGAGAUGGCCGAAGAGGCGGGCGAAGAGAACCUGUUCAUCUUCGGGAUGCGCGUCGAGGAUGUGGCCACGCUCCAGAAGCGCGGCUACAACGCCUCCGAGUACAUCGACAAAAACCCCGAGCUGAAGAAGGCUGUGGAGCAGAUUGAGAGCGGGUUCUUCACUCCCGAUCAACCGGACGCCCUGAACGAGCUGACCAAUGUCAUCAGGCACAACGAUCGGUUCUAUGUGUGCGCCGACUUUGAAGAUUAUGUGAGGACUCAGGAGAAGGUCAAUGAGUUGUAUUUGGUGAGUGUAGAUAGUAUGAGGUGUUAAGAGAGUAUGAUAGUAGUAUCAGUCUGUCGGGAAAAUAAUGUGGAUUUGUAGCAGCAGUUGCGCAUCAAUAGUUAUCGCAAAGCGAUGAUGGAAAUCACAAAACGCGGCAACUCCACAUUAUUUUCCCGGCAGACUGAUAAAAAUGUUUUCAUAAAGUGCAUGGACAUUUUGUCUGCCCUGGGCACAAAAAGCCCCCAUUUUGCACCGUGUUACUUUUUUCCAGUUUUUCGCAAAUUUGCACAGUGCAAACGGCUUUUUUGAGGUUUGCACUGUGCGAAAAGAGAAAAAUGCUCUGUGCGUUGGCGACAAGCAUGGAAAAAGUUGAAAAUUCUCUGUGGGAAAGAGAGCAGAAGUCCUUGCACUUUGUGAAAAAUACUAUCAAUUUGUCGGGAAAAUACUGAGCCCUCUGUCGCCGAGAAAAUGAAUUGUGUCGCGGCAAAAUCAAAUUGCUUUCCGCUUUAGCGCCGCUAUCGGGACAGCCACAUUCCGCUCAUUAUUUUCCCGACGGACUAUUAUGUCAUCAAAAAAAAACUGUGUAUGUCUCGUGUUUUAGGACCAAGACGCUUGGAACAGGAAAUGUCUGAUCAACAUUGCCAGUUCCGGCAAGUUCUCCACCGACCGCACCAUCGCCGAAUACGCCAAGGACAUUUGGGGCGUGGAGCCGGGAGCAAUCCAACUCCCUCCGCCGUUCGAGACCCACAAACCGGCUGGCGAUGACUAA